AUGGGUUGUUCAUUGAAUGAGCUCCCGAGUGAUACACUGCUUCAAAUCCUUUACAAACUUCCGCAAAAUCUGAUCCAUAGAUGCAAAUGUGUUUGCAAGCUUUGGUCAUCUCUCAUCUCUCAACCUUGUUUUGCUGCUCAAUAUCUGCUUCGAACCAAACUCAUCACGCCUCCACCAAACCCUACCUUAUACGUUUGUCUGUAUAGCCCAAAAAAACUCACACCUUUUCCUCUCAAACACUCUACCUAUGGCUAUGGCUAUGAUGAUCACCACAAAUCAUGGUCCCAAGACUCUCGCACCCUUUCCUUCGGCUUCCUUCCGCAAUCCGAGCCAGCCAUUCGGCUUCUAUGCACCAGCAACGGGUUAGCAUUGUGCUCGACGAGUUACGACUGCAAAUGUAUUUACUAUGUUUGCAACCCCGUUACGAAACAUUGGCUCACUCUUCCUCCGCCGCCCAUAUGCACUAGUCUUGCAUUAGUAGGACUAGUUUCUUAUGAUCGUCACUUUAAGGUGGUGAGGCUGGUCACUUCUUGUACCUAUACUAAUGCAGCUACCUGCAUAUGUACAAGCUCGUUCUAUGCUGAGACAUUCGAUUCUCGAACUAAUCUCUGGAAGGUUUCACCUUUAAUAACCAUCCCGCAGACUAUUUUGUUCUGGAAACCCACUAAGGCCGUUGAAUACAAAGGGAUCUUGCACUGGGUUAGCAGUCAACAAGGUUCGACCGCCUCUCAAAUCAUGGCAUUUGAUCCAAAUCUGGAGAAAUGUCGUCUGAUACAAGCGCUGGGAAACACAAAUAGUCGUCCGGGUUGGUAUGCCACUGGAGUAAGCCAUUCGGGUGAACAUCUAUAUCAUGUGCAAGUGCACAUAGAGAACCGGUCAAAUAGUUGGAGAAUUUGGAGACUAAUUGAAGCUGAAGCUGGAGAAGAUGAAUGGUGCUUGGAACAUACCUUUCGACUCGAAGACCUGGAACUGAUCGUCGAUGAAAAUUGCAUUCUUCCAUCAAAUAUGAACAGUUACUUGCUGGCUGUAGACCCCAUUGACCCAAAUGUAUUGUAUUUCCAUACCGAGGAUUAUAAUGAACCUCGUCGCGAUCCUGGCAUUAUCUCGGUCAACAUAAAGACCGGAAGAGUGGAAACGGUAUAUUUUCCUUAUCAUUGGAAAGAUACGCAAGAAUCUUUAUAUGCAUAUGAGGAGAUGAUGGUGUUUGCAUUUGUGCCACCGAGCUGGCCAACAUCCCUUCCAAAGAUUCAUCACCUAGAUAUGAUCAAGGAAUAG